GUGCUACUUCCAGUCCAUCUCUCCGAAGAUGAUUCUGCACGUCGACGCGAUCCAAACGGCGACGCCGGGGAAGGUAGCUUCCCCGGGGCAAGCCCGGCGCAUCGUCACGGCCACGCCGCUCGGCCUCGAGGUGCUGCAGCGCCGGUUCCAGGUGGUGCUGUAUUACGGCAAAGCCAGGGAGGAGGAGGUGGAGUCGCCGCUGGCGGUGGCGGCUUGGAUCAAGGAGUCGCUUAGCGCCGCGCUGCCCCGCCACCCUGUCCUCUCCGGUCGCCUUCGAAACGGCGGCGGGUCUUGGGAGGUCAAGUUCAACGACUCCGGCGUCCGACUGGUGCAGGCCACCGCCGAGACGACCAUGUCGGAGUUCUUGGCCUCCGAGGACAGGGACGGGAAGGAGGCGCAGUUGGCUUACUGGGAAGACAUCAACGAAGGCGACCCCAACUUCUCUGCACUGUUCUACAUCCAGGUGACUCAGUUCCAAGGAAACGGGUACGCCAUCGGGAUAAGCUGCAGCCUGCUCUUGGCCGACCCCUUGUUCCUGUCACGCUUCCUCAGGUCAUGGUCUCAAACCCACACGGAACUGCUAGCCCAGGGGCGGCUCACCAAGCCCCCCAUGUUCCACCUGAGCUGCUUCCGAAGACCCGACCGGCCGCGCCGUGUCAAGUCGGUCCCGUUUACAUCUUCCUCCGCCACCUCCACCACCAUGCUGUUCAAGGCCGACCCGCCGCCCGACGCACGAUCCUACGGCGAGCUCGCGGCGGCUUGUCUUCGGGAGGCUACGCGGAGGCUCGGGGCGGAGGCAGUGCCGGAGUUCUCGCUCAUGAUCAGCGACCACACCGGCGACCUGAAGGUGGAGUCGCACGGUGCCACGGGCUUGGCUUCGCCGAACCAGGUGUUGGACGUGGUUUGGUGGGGCCAGCUCGGCAUGGAGGAAGUGGCCUUCACUCCGGGAAACACCCCCGUACACGUGUCGUACCAGAUCGUAUCCUGUGGUCACAGUAGCCUGGUGGUGGUGAUGAUGGCCUCCGAUGUGGAGGGUGACCCAAAAUUGAUGAUUAGUGUCACUGUUCCUAAGAAUUGAAUGGUUUGAUUGCUUGUUUGGCUAAGUAAUCAACUAUAGUAAUAAACAAUAUCGGAAUGUUGUUUAACUGUAA